UAGCAAAGUCUUCUCCGCCGUUGAAUAAAUUGGUCCGGCCAUGUUUUCUAGGAUAUCAGCUGUGCGUAAAAUGACAGAUUGAAGGUUUUAACUGCGAACAAUUCUAGGAUUUUUUGGAUAAAGGAAUAUAUGGUGCUAAUCUGAUCCUGUGGCUAAAACUAAAAGAAUAUGAUAGCGGAAUAAUAUUCUUAUUUAUCUUCCGUGCCCCAUUAGAUGUGAUCAAAGGGAGCAUUUGCUUGGGUUUGCCAAAUGGUAAUGUGACUUAGAUAGCAGCGCAAGCUAACGCAUAAGGAGGCAAUUCACCAAAGGGACAGUCCCUGAAUGCAGUGGCUGCUACCGUGUUAUUAAGUCGUAAAAUUCGAAAAUAUAAAAUCGUUUGAAACUCUCUAAAUAAGAGGUUUGCCCAAACCGCUCCCUUAUGUGCAGACGAAACAGAAUAAACGUAAGCAAAUUAUGAGAAUAAGGUGACAAAGCCAAUUAAGGAGUUUAUAUUAAAAUUUGAACAAAUUCAUAAUUGUUGUUAAACCCAUAUACAAGUACACCAUGAAUAACGAUUCGAAAUUGAGUGAUGUCAGCAGCGAGGCUCUAGCAAGUGGUCCUCACAUUUACACAAAAUCCUUACUAUCGGCAUUUGAUUGGAAAGAGUUUGCGUGUGGAUGCGGAGCCGCUUUUAUAAACAUAGGCGUUACCUAUCCGAUAUAUAAAAUGAUUUUUCGCCAAAUGCUUCAUGGUGUGCCAAUGACAUCAGCCUUUGGCCAGUUACGCCACGAAGGCUUAGCAUUUCUUUAUCGUGGAAUCUUCCCACCAAUGGCACAAAAGACUAUUUCUUUAUCUAUUAUGUUUGGCGUAUUUGACGGAUCGCGUCGAUAUUUAAUCAAUAACUUCAAUAUGAAUGAAUAUACCGUCAAAAUAGUUGCUGGCAUUUCAUCAGGCACUGUUGAAGCGGUGCUUCUUCCCUUCGAAAGGAUACAAACACUGCUGGCGCACUCCAAAUACCACGAAUACUUUGCUAACACUCCGCGAGCAUUCAACUACGUUCUGGUACAUCACGGGUUUUUAGAGUUGUACAGAGGUAUUGUACCCGUUCUUUGGAGAAAUGGGCCAUCCAAUGCAAUAUUUUUUAUGCUGCGUGAAGAAGUAUCCAUAUUUCUGCCAGAUACUACUUCCAAAGCAACUAAAGCGGCACAAGAAUUUGUGGCAGGAGCAGUCAUUGGAGCGUCAAUUAGCACACUUUUUUAUCCACUUAACGUGAUAAAAGUUGCCAUGCAAAGUGAAAUGGGCCAUAAACAGGAAGGAAUGUGGACGAUAUGCAAACGAAUUUACUUUGAACGCGGAAAUAGAAUUAAAUACUUCUACCGUGGAUGUGGGUUCAACUCUUUUCGUUCAUUUCUUAGUUGGGGAAUCAUGAAUACGGCAUAUGAAAAUUUGAAGAAAGUCAUGUCGUAAGACCUGCAAUUUUGUAUUUCAGUAACAGUAAAUAGCGCAAAUACGAGUAUAAUGUUCAAACGACGGUGAUGCAUUGUAAUGAAAUAUAACUUGAAGUUGAAGGCUCCCGGGAUUUAGUACAUGUAAAUUUAUGCAUAAAUAUUAAAAUUAAAGUGUUUCUAUACUUACAUGUACGGUGACCAUCCGCCUUGCAUUAUACGGGACGCCAAAUGUUCUGUAUUUCUUUCACUGUUCUACAUUUGUCCCGUAUUCGGUGUUUCGACGCUCAUUAAAAUGACACGCCUACGAACGAGUUUUAAGUGAUGUUGGUAUAUGAUCGUAAUUUUCUCCAUAAACAGUUAUUAUUUUCUAAUCUGGAUGCCCGUGUUUCGAUUCGAGGAAUACAUACAGUGACCAAAAUAUAAAUUAGGACUCGGCAUUUUAGCAAGGUUUGGCCAUUUUUCCUUAGUUUAUUUAAUGUUUAUUGUUUUUUAUAAAGUAAAGCCCUUUUCGUAACAAAAACCAUAUAAUACUGUUUAGGCGCUACUGCUAACACAAGGUGCCUGAAUUCAUGCUAUGUACUGCCUCAUGUGCAAAAAUUUCCUUCAUAAAAUUCAUGAUUUUCGCACUCGCACUUCUCAACUGCCAUGUAAUAAAACUUUCUUAAGUUAUAAUUUGAUGACAGUUCAAAGCAUGCUCGG